AUGUCUUCUACCAAAAGUCGACCAUUCGCCGUCAAGGCAGAUUCAAAAGGAAACACAGUCGACAUCCAAAUCGGUGAAUUACCAGGCAUCGUGGCCGAGAAUCUGGGCUUGGCAACAUGGGGAGCAGCUGUAGUCCUAGCAGACAUCCUCUACCGCUGGACAGAAGAAAUCCAAACCUCAAUCGGCCAAGACUACAGAAAGGACCACUCGUCGCCUCUUGAUCUAUCCCAACACAUCCCAAUUCUCGAACUAGGCGCCGGGACGGGGCUAGCAGGCCUUACAGCUUCCGCUCUCUGGAAUCUGCCAGCAGUGCUAACCGAUCUCGAGCCUGUGAUUCCGGGUAUAGCUCACAACAUCAGUCUAAACCCUUCCUUACAAGCAUUUUCCGGCACGCUAGACUGGACGCAACCUUCGACUCUGCACCAGCCCACCAUCAUCUCCUCCUCCCCCUCUUCAUCUUCCUCCACAAAAGCCUCCAUCAUCCUCGCCGCAGACACAUGUUACACAUCCUCGCACCCUCACCUCAUCACCUCAACCGUAAAAACCUGGCUCCAGCACCACAAAUCCGCUCGAGCAAUUUUCUGUUACCCCUUACGGAUGUCCUAUCUCGACCACGCGAGAAAUCUGUGGUCGGAAAUGGAACGUCAGGGGUUCGUUGCCAUUGAGGAAGGGCGAGAAGAAGCUCGGGAACUAUGGGGAGAAAUUGCUCCCGUGCCCUAUGAGUGGUCGGUGUGGGGAUGGAGGGACUUUCAUCCGGAGGCGGUGGCGAAGGAGGAGGCGGAGAGGGAUAAGGGAGAGGUAGGGUGGUUGGCUAUGUGAGGGAGAUUCAGGUUUGGGAUGACAAACUUACUAAAUCAAUUCCCUCGUGGACGAGCAUGCUCUGGAUCUAACAAUGAGCACCAUGCAAAAGGUAAGACACGCGGCGAGAAUCUGGAUAUAUCAGAGAAGAGAAUUCCGAGAAUAUCCAUGUGGGAGAUACAGUGUGCUACUGAUUGUGCAUUAAAGGGGCCCUCGUUCGCACGACAGCUUCACCAUGGAAGAUGAUCGAGCUCGUCGGUGCAGAAGAAGCUGCGAUCGGUCGUUCUUCUUGGGUCGAUGGACCAAACUACUCAGUUGCCAGAGACUAUUGUUGAAUGAUUUUUCAACCCCCCGACCAAAAAUCCGAAGCCUUCGUCACAUGUAUACAUCGC